AUGGCGGCAUGUGGGCGGCUCGACGCGAUCACUCUGGCACUGCAACCAAUGUUCAAGCGUUCGGUGACGUUCAAGAAGCGCGACGAUUCCGACCUGGCCGAACGAGUCGUGGCCUUCUCCAGCGAGCACGAGUUCGCCGACAUCUUCUGGUACCCGGGCCAUGGUCUGGCUGUCUACAGGAUUGAUGACCGCGUCCCCGUCAACGCCACCGAGGGCAUCGCGGAAGCCAAAAGGGAUGACGUGGCCAGGUGCGCCGCCGCCGCAGGACUAGCCACACACUUCACCACUCCAAACUACGGCCUAACGACGACGGCGGACGGCCUGCUGCCGACGGUCUUCGGCCAAACGGUGGUGGGCUACCAGAACCACAUCCAGUCCUCGGGGCGCUGCAUCAACGGCACCGAGGACGACGCUCUGCUCACCGCCGCCGCUUCCUGCCCGUGGGACCGGCGCGUCGCCAACGGCAUAUUCUACUUCCAGGCGGGCAUCACCGUGCCCGUGUCCAAGGUCGCCGGCUUCAUCCGCGACGUGCAGACGCUGCGGGACCAGAACCCGGCCGCGCUCUGCGGCUUCGAGGUGUACGGCGGCAUCCUCCUGCGGUACGUGAGGUCGUCCUCCACGGCGCUCCUCGGGAAGCUGGAGGACAGCGUGGACUUCGACAUGACCUACUACCGGGGCCGGGACCCCGCGGCGCCGCGGCUGCACGAGGACGUCAUGGAGGAGAUCGAGCAGAUGGCGCUGCGCAAGUACGGCGGCCUGCCGCACUGGGGCAAGAACCGGAACGCCGCCUUCGAAGGCGCCAUCGGCAGGUACGGCGCGCGCGCCGGGGAGUUUUUGAAGGUGAAGCGGCGUUACGACCCGGACGGGCUGUUCUCGAGCGAGUGGAGCGACCAGGUGCUGGGAGUCGGCGGCGGCGGCGGCGGAGGAGGAGGAGGCGGUGUCAGCGUGGUGAAGGAUGGGUGCGCGCUCGAGGGGCUGGGCGUGUGUUCACAGGACGCUCACUGCGCGCCGAACAAGGGAUACUACUGUGAGCCGGGAAGGGUGUACACGGAGGCUAGGGUGUGCCGGUACCGUCAUGAUUUCUACUAG